CUCACAUCGGAUUGUAUUCUUCCUCGCAGCCCAUCUACUGUGUGGGUGGAAGUGUGGACGAUAUCAGGACCUUAACGUGUCACCGACUUCUCUGCUUCACACCGACCAUACCGCCAGGAGCUUCUUUCCCCUUUUCUCUUUCUCCAAAUUGACCACUAUCCCCAUGUCUGCCAGCAAACAUCCCAAGAUUGCCGUUUCAGCGCCUGGCAAGGUCCUUUUCGCUGGCGGAUUCCUCGUUCUUGACCGUCUUCAUACCGGCCUGGUCUUUGGUCUUGAUGCUAGGAUCCAUGUCUGCGUCGAGAGGUGGGAGGACUGCCAACUAGAAUUGGGCAAAGAAGGUAGUGGUUUGGCUACGAGUCAGAGUCACUCUCAGUCUUAUGUCCAAGUGACAUCGCCACAGUUUCGAGACGCCAGGUGGGCUUAUCGUGUUUCUGAAAACAUACCACGAUUGAAUCAGGGCGAAUCGCCACAUGAGGGCGGACAUGUCUCGGUCGAUGUGUCCCAGAUUAUCGAGUCGAACUCACCCUUUACGACCACAUCGAACAAAUUCGUCGAAACGACACUACGCUAUGCUCUGACAUAUCUCUCUCACCGUCGCCGUGCUGACACGGAGUCGAGCUCUCCAUCACAACCGACAUUCGAAAACCUCAAAAUCACUAUUCUCGCCGACGACGACUACUACUCGCAAUCCGCAGGUUCGUCAAAGCCGCAAGAUUCCAACACAGAAUUCUCCGACUUUGGAGUCACUUUAUCACAAGCUCACAAGACUGGACUUGGGUCAUCCGCUGCACUAGUUACAGCUCUCGCAGGUGCAUUAUUGGCAUUUCACUCGUCCAACACCUCAAUACCAACAGCGCUUGACCUCACCCGUCUUCAUAAUCUGGCUCAAGCUGCCCACUGUGCGGCGCAAGGCAAGAUUGGGUCUGGAUUCGACGUGGCGGCGGCCGUGUAUGGAUCAUGCCUUUAUCGACGAUUCAGCCCGUCAAUCCUCGAGGCGAUAGGCGAGGCACCCAGCGCCGACUUCAGCGAACGACUACACCUCUGCGUCGACGACCUGAACUUGGAGGGCAACAAGACAUGGGAUGUCGAAGUCAAGAGUGGAGCUGUUCAAGUCCCCUCGAGCCUGAUGCUAGUCAUGUGCGACGUGGACUGCGGAUCCGAAACACCUGGAAUGGUGCGCAAAGUCCUCAAAUGGCGCAGUGAUAACCCUGACGAAGCUGGUGUCCUGUGGACGGCUCUCCAGUUGGGUCAAGAGGAUCUCUGUGUGGAACUGGCACGUAUUGCGGAAAGGGAGGGUCUUGUUGACCCGGAGGAGGUGAAGGCGAAUGCUGCUGCGGAUGCCAACGUCGAACAACAACUUAGUCGCAAAUUCCAACCCCUCGCAGACAUCAUCUCUACGAUCCGAAGCCUGGUUCGUGAAAUGUCAACCAAAUCAGCUGUGCCUAUCGAGCCACCUGUAAUUACCGAACUGCUGGAUUUCUGCACCAGUCUUCCGGGAGUUGUUGGCGGCGUCGCACCAGGCGCUGGUGGAUAUGAUGCCGUCGCUCUUCUGGUACGCAACGACCCGGACGUUGUCAAACAUAUUCAAAACAAAUUGGAAGGCUGGAAGACUAGCAGUGGUCAGAGUACCACCUCCGGUAGUGGGGACGUGGGUGAUGACGUUGCGACAAUUGGCAGAGUCAGACUACUCGGUGUCAAGCAGGAGAAAGAGGGUGUUAGAUUGGAGGAGACUGAUAGAUAUCAUGGAUGGACGUGAGAUUCGUAUUUGUUACACCUGGUGUCAUUUUGGCGUGCAUACCAUCUGAUCCAAGGUACAUAUCUAUUUAGCUUGUGUUCGCAAGCAAGCAGGCAAGCAAGUAAAUGAGCGAUUCACUUGAG